CUUUGUUCUGUCACUGACGUCUCACCGGUACCAUCCAGCGGACUGCUGGUCCAUCUUCAUCCUCGGGCCGACUGUCCUCGUCCAUCACCGGCCUGUCGGCGAGCCCCUGACAACCGGACCGGAACCGGCACCGCCUCUUUCGGCCUAGCAUGGACCGGACACGGAGCUCGUGACACGGAGCCUACCGGCCUCGGAGGACGCGGUUGUAGGGUCAGCGGGGACGUUCGAGUUUGCGAGCGGCGGUUCUUGACGUCAAGCCCAAUGUCAGCAUCAAGGAGAACCGCUUGAAGCACCGCCUCUGCUCACGGUGUCCCCCUACGCCCCCCCACCCCAGCCAAGCCGAGCUGCGGGAUGAGCAGAAGCACCUGACCGCCGUGUGUGGGGGGGCUGCUGGCGGGAACACGCUCGGAUGUUUGCGUGAGGCUCCGUCAUUGGGCCGGACCGUGCACGCGGAGGGAUUCCGGACACAUGAGCUGGUUCCGGGGGGAAGAUGUGAAGAUGGGCCCGCUGCUGGCGCUCGUGUGGCUCGUGAGCGGCUUCGUGCACGGCGUGCGCGGCCAGGGCGUGUACGCGCCACCUACUGUUCGCAUCGUGCACUCCGGCCCGGCCUGCAACGUGGAGGAGGAGCGACACAAUGAGCGCGUUUACACCAUCCGAGAAGGAGAAACGCUGGAAGUACUCUGUCUGGUCACUGGACACCCCCGCCCUCAGGUACGUUGGACUAAAACGGCAGGUGGCGCUUCGGAGCGUCAAGGCGAGUCUUCGCCGCACAACGAAACUUUGAAGAUUGAAAACAUUGAUCGCCACCAGGGAGGGCGCUACUACUGCAAGGCAGACAACGGAAUGGGAUCGCCGGCCAUUCGCUCCAUACGAGUGGACGUCUACUUUCUGGAUGACCCGCUGAUCACGGUGCAUCAGAGCGUGGGCGAUGCCAAGGAGCUCUUCUACUUUGAGAGAACCGUCUUCCUGCGCUGCGUGGCCACCUCCAACCCCCCCGUGCACUACACAUGGCGGCGAGGCCGAGAGAUCCUAUCGCAGGGCGUAGACGCCGGCGUGGACAUCUAUGAACCCUUUUUCACACAGGGUGAGACAAAGAUCCUGAAGCUGAAGAACCUUCGUCCUCAAGACUACGCCAACUACACUUGCAUCGCCUCGGUCAGGAACGUGUGCGCCAUCGCCGACAAGAGUGCACACUUUAGUCUGAACAACAGGACAGCCCCUCCCUCCGUUAAGCUCCUCCUGGACGACCCCCUGGUGGUGAACCCGGGGGAGACGGUCACGCUGGUGUGUGUGGCGUCCAGCGGGACCCCCCCUCCCACGCUGACUUGGGCGAGGCCCGGGGGAGAAGAUCUACCAAAGAGAAGCGUGACGAAGGGCGGCACGCUGACUAUUCCCACCGUCACCGUUGAGGACGGCGGCCCUUACAGUUGCGUGGCGUCCAACAACGUUGGAAAUGCAGCCAGGAAGUCUGCAAACAUUCUGGUCAGAGGUCUUCGCAAAGCACGCUUCUGGAUCACGCCAGACCCGUACCACAACGACGACAACAUCCAGAUCGGGCGAGAGGUGAAGAUCAGUUGCCAAGUGGAGGCCACGCCCCCCGAGGAGCUGCAAUUUGGCUGGCUGAAGAACGGGCGCCCACUGAGGAGCUCGGAGCGCAUGGUCAUCACCCACACGGACGCCGAGGUGUCGCCCGGCGUAACCAACCUCGAUAUCAUCGACCUCAAGUUCACCGACUUUGGCACGUACACGUGCGUGGCGUCGCUGAGGGACGGCGGAAGUCCGGAGAUCAGCAUCGAUGUCAACAUCUCUUCCACCACAGUUCCUCCCGAGCUCAGCGUCCCCAGGGGGCGUUCCCACAUCGUCGCUCAGGAGGGCGACACGGUGGAGCUGCAGUGUUUGGUGUCGGGCAAACCCAAGCCCACCGUCCUGUGGUCCCGCCUGGAGGAGAGCCAGGCGGCCACGGCUCUCGCGGGCGACGCGGCCAACCUGACGGAAAGCUACGACGGCGUGCUGAGGCUCGGCAACGUGACACGAGAGAUGGGCGGGACUUACUGCUGCCAGACCAGCCAAUACAACGGCUUCAACGUCAAGCCCAGACAGGCGCUCAUCCAGCUGGUGGUGCAGUUUCCGCCUGUGGUGGAGCCCCCCUACUCGGAGGUCCGCCAGGCUCUGGGGCGGGCCUUCAGCCUGACGUGCCGCCUGCUCCGUGCGCACCCGGCCCGCCUACUGCGCUACGAGUGGAAGCUGGGGUCCCGCCUCCUGACCGUGGGCCAGUUCGACGACCACCAGGAUGACACGCACUACAACGUACGAGCGCUCAACCGAGAAGGUUACGGCGAGUACACGUGUGACAUCAGCAAUGAGGCAGGGGCGGGGCGCUGCACCUUCCUGGUCACGGGGAAGGCGUACCCUCCAGAAUUCUAUUACGACACGCAGGGAGCUCUUUGGCAGAACCAGGCUCAGGCGUACGGAUUCAAGCUGCAGUGGACUCAAAUGGAGCCCGGCGGGGUGGACCGCAUCCUGGCCUACAGGCUGGGCAUCAGACAGGUGCCUCCAUGUCACCCUUUCUUCAGGAAGUGGUUGGAGCUUGUACGGACGUCUUGUGUGUGUGUGUGUGAGGUGGGACAGUCUCGCUGGUGGGAGCAGGAGAUCGCCAUGGAGGGAAGCAUCCACAAGGGGGAGCUGCUGACAUACAACCUGACUGAAUUGGUCAAGCCGGAAUCGUACCUGGUUCGCCUCACGCCCAUCACCCGCUACGGUGAGGGCGACGCCACCGAGCGCAUCAUCGCCUACAGCCCCCCGGUGAAUCCACACCUCAGGGAGUUCCAGUGUGGUUUCGAGGACGAGGCCUUGUGUCUCUUCUCUCAGGACAAAAGUGACGACUUUGACUGGACACGUCACAGUGCGGCGUCACGUGACACCAAAUACACCCCAAACACUGGACCCAGUGCUGACCACAGCGGCUCCAAGCAAGGCUUCUACAUGUACAUCGAGACAUCCAGGCCGCGACUGGAGGACGACAAGGCCCGCCUCCUGUCACCCUCUUUCAACACGGGCUCCAGAAGCGGCGCCACCUACUGCUUGGCCUUCUACUACCACAUGUACGGGAAGCACAUAGGAGCACUCAACGUCCUCCUGCGCCAGAAAGGUCAGACGGCGUCGGACGCAUCGGUGUGGAGUCUGAGCGGGAACCAAGGCGACCACUGGCGACGUGCCGCCGUCAGCAUCCGCCCCACCGCAGCCUUCCAGGUGGUGAUGGAGGGCGUGCGCGGCGCAGGCAUCGAGGGAGACAUCGCCAUCGAUGAUGUCAGCAUAGAGGAGGGGGAAUGCAAAGAUCCUCCGCCCAACAACCUGAGGUCACUGGCACCACCCUGCUCCCCCCGUUUAUGGGGGCUGGGUAUAACUUUGAGCUUGACUCUGAUUGGCCGACACAGGUGACCCGCACGGCCUCAGACUCCUUUGAGCCCGCCUUUCCCGCUCCCGCAAUCAGUGCUGUCACAGCUGCACGUCGACCCCACCCCACCAAUGAUGUCACAACAGGGCGCCGUCCUCAGUGGGCUGGGCAACCGGGGUGACAUUAAGUGCCUUCAUGCUCCUGAAGGAAACGGAAACGCAGUCAGUUGUCGCCACAGCAACAAGAGUGGGACAUCGCAGCGGCCGUGCAGGAGCGCAGCCUGUUACUGUGUUUUUCCAAAUAAAAGGCUCUACAGUGUGGAGUUGAUUUUUAAAGAAGCACAAAAAAAAAAGACAGGAACGUUCUAGAAGUCCUUUUGACCAAGAUGUGGAACACUUGAAGAACUUCCUGUGUAUUUUUCCUUCAGCAUGUUUGACGACAAGCUCCGCCUCCACGUGACAAUAAACCUUUUUUGUCAACUUGACUCUGAUUUUGAUGACUCCAUCGUGCCUAAAGAAAGGCUAAGCUAACGUAAGAUAUUCACAUUAACGACCGUUAGCAGCUAGCUAGCUAGCAGCAACUAGCUAGCAGAAGCUAUAAAUACGAAGUGCAGUAGUUGCUGCCAUAUAAAGCCAUGACUGUCAAAAUAAAGAAUAA